GUGUCCCCCUCCUGUCCUGCGCCCCACCUCAAGCACAGCCCCUAGGGUGGGUUUUGGGGAGCACAGCGUGGGACAAGGGGUGUGGAGAGCCGCAUGGGAGCCCAGAACAGCGCAGUGAGCUCGUCUUGGCUUGGAACAGCUUGGCACAGCUCGGCUCGGCUCAGCUUCGCUCCCGCAGCUCGGAGGGAGGAUUAUUAUUAUUUUGAAAGGGAGGGUGAGCAGAGGGGGCUGACACUGACUAUAAAGGCAGAGCUCCCUGGAGCAGCCGGCACUUCCCCGCCACCAUGAGCACUCCCCGGGCCUGACAGCCCCAGCCUGCCCCACUGCCGCCGGCUCAAACUGCCCUGAAGUGUGGCUGUGUGUCCGAAGCUCGGGUUGGGAUGGUGUGAGCCCGGAGCCGCUCGUCGCCCUCCCACCACCCCUCACCGGCUCUGGCAGGAGCCGAGCCUGCCAGCCGCUUGGAUGAUUUGAUUUCUUCCCUGUCCGACAUCACUCCUGCCCAGAUGCAGUGGAUAAUAUUCAUGUUGCUGUUAUUCAUCAGCUCCAUGGAAAUGCUCACGCAGAACCGGUGGAAGAAGCAAGCGAGUGCUGGCCUGCUGGAAAACUGCACGGGCUGCGUCCUGUGCUCUGAGGACAACGGCUGCAUCACCUGCCACCACCGCCUCUUCCUGCUGAUCUGGAGGGACGGCAUCCGUCAGUACGGGAUGUGCGUCCACACUUGUCCCCCAGGCUACUUUGGCGUGCGGGGUCUGGAGGUCAACAGGUGCACAAAGUGCAGGUCGCCCAGCUGCGAGAGCUGCUUCAGCAGAGACUUCUGCAUGAAGUGCAAGGACAAGUUUUACUUGUACAAGGGCCAGUGCUUCCGGCAGUGUCCCCCCGGCACCGCGGCACAGCCCGGCACCCGCGAGUGCCAAGAGACGUGCGAGCCGGGCCCCUGGAGCGAGUGGAGCGCCUGUACCCACGAGAGCCGGACCUGCGGCUGCAAGUGGGGUGUGGAGACGCGGGUGCGGGAGGUGCCGGAGGCUGCCCGGGAGGAGGGCACUGCCUGCCCCGCGCUGCUGGAGACCAGGAGGUGCCGCAUGAAGAAGCACUGCCCGGGAGAGAAAACUGAACCCAAAAAUAAAGGCAAAAAGCGACAGAAGAAGCCGAAGACAGAAAGGCACACGGGCACCUAGCGGGCACCAGCACGGGAGCUGGGGCACCAUGGCAGGAGUUCCCAGACAACUCCUGCCACAGUGCUCCAGCCACAUCACCCC